AUGGCUAGCCCCAGCGCCUCGCCCGCCGUCGACCCAGCCGCCGCAGAGCCGCCAUCAAAACGCCGGAGGGUAGCCGGUGAUGACAGCAACGAAGAAGCGGAUGGGGCUCACUCCCCUGGAAGCAAUGUCGCGCACCCAGAGUUAUCGAUACGUACUGGCAGGCCCAAUAGCAGGUCAAGAUCAGGCAGCCCCAAAGAAGACGACGACGCCAGGCGGUCUCGAGAGAAGCGGUCAUACUCUAGAACGCAGUCACCCCGCUCUCGGUCGAGAUCAAGACCGACAUCACGGUCGCGAUCGCGUUCACACUCCCGCUCUCGGUCCACUUCCCGCUCCUCCGACCGCCGCCGCUCCCGAUCCAGGCGCGACAGCUCUUCCCGCUCUCGGUCCCGGUCACGUUCACGCUCCGAAUCGCGCUCUCGCUCGCGCUCUCGCACCCGCUACCGCUCGACCGGCUCCUCCCCAACUCCAGCAGCCGAAAGCAAACCCCCGGAGCGCGUGCGCGUGCGCUACAAGCGCCGGCUGGAACUACGCGGCCACUCGCAGCCCAUCGCGCAGGUGCGCAUCUCGCCCAACGGGCGCUGGAUCGCCUCGGCCUCUGCCGACGGCACCGCCCGCAUAUGGGACGCCGAGACGGGCGCCCACAUCGACACCCUAGUCGGCCACAUGGCCGGCGUGUCGUGCCUGGCCUGGAGCCCGGACUCGGGCACCCUCGCGACUGGGUCCGACGACAAGGCCAUUCGCCUCUGGGACCGCAUCACGGCCGAGCCCGCGCACGCCGUCGGCACCGAGGAUGGUGAUGAUGAUGAUGUCGAGCGGGGCCGCACGCACGGCGGCACCAGGAUCUCGGGCGCGUCGGGCAUUGGAAUCGGCGGUGGAGGGGGCCCCGCCCGGGGAACCAGGCGACCGCUCCUGGGCCAUCACAACUACGUCUACUGCCUGGCGUUCUCGCCCAAGGGCAACAUACUGGCUAGCGGGAGCUACGACGAGGCUGUCUUUCUGUGGGACGUCCGGGCAGGUCGCCUGAUGCGCAGUCUUCCGGCGCACAGUGACCCGGUAAGCGGAAUAGAUUUUUGCCGCGACGGGACGCUGGUCGUCAGUUGCUCAACCGAUGGGCUAAUUCGCAUCUGGGACACUGCAACUGGCCAAUGCCUACGCACCCUAGUACACGAGGAUAACCCCGCAGUCACCAACGUAUGCUUCUCUCCCAACGGCCGCUACAUCUUGGCCUUCAACCUCGACAGCUGCAUCCGCCUAUGGGACUACAUUGCACAUCCGAGCAAGGUCAAAAAGACAUACCAAGGCCACGUCAACACAGGCUUCAGCAUCGGCGGUUGCUUCGGCGUCGUGCAAGACGGGGAGGAGGAGGUUGAAGACGAGCAGCGAAACGGCGGGCAUGACGACGAAGACGACAAUGAUGGUGACGACCAAGACGGACAUCCGCGCCGGAAACAGCGCCAGCCGAGGCAGCAGGCCUUUGUCGCCAGCGCCAGCGAGGACGGACACGUCGUCCUCUGGGAUGUCAAGAGCAAGGAGAUCGUGCAGAAGAUAGCAGCGCACGACGGUGUCUGCUUCUGGGUGGACGUCGUAGGGGACACCAUGGUGAGCGCAGGGAAGGAUGCGCGCAUCUUGGUCUAUCGCAACACACUUAAUUCGCGACGUCAAGAGACAGAGACAGAGACCAAUGGGGUAAACGGGACUCAUGGUGUGGAAACUGAAGACGGGGAUGAGGAUAAUGGCGGACCAGAGGUGGUCAACGAAAAGUCAAUGGACGAUGAGGAACAACCACAAGCUGAAAACUAG